AGUGCGGUAGUAUGCCUCUCGCGCCUCUGUCUGGCGCUGGUUGUCUGCUGCCAAUAUACGCACGCCUUGGGCUCCUCGGUGGAUUGUCGAGCUGCCCCGUGCGCCGAGUCUGCACGUGCCCACUGCUGGUCCACCUGAGCUCUGCGACGUUUUCUGCUCAGCGGUGCUGCCGACCCGGGCCACGCGCUGUCUGCUGCGAGGUCAGAUGGGGUACCUUUCAGCAAGAGAAAGCCAGCAGCAGCAGCAGCAGCAGCAGGGGCAUCUGGCGAAUGGGGUGUGUGUAAAUAUCAGCAGCGCGUGCAGCGAAAUUGCUCCGUGCCUGGAAUGCUCGCUGUCCCUGAACAGGUAUCCUCGGCGCUGCUGUCUCUUAUCGCGCCUGCGAUCUAGCCGCCUAUCGAUGCCUGCUCCUGCCGCUCUCUGGUGCACUCGGCUCUGCUGUUUCAUCUGUCUGCUCACUGCCGCCCCCCGUCUUUCGCCUGGCCUACCAUUGCGCUGCUGGCGCUCCUGUCUUGUUUGCUGUCGCCUGAUGUCAUGUUUACCUCUUGCCUCCACUGGGCUGCUCAGACAGGCUGCAGCCAGGCCGCCAGGGUGGGUCCAGAAGGAAGAAAGCGACGCAGGCCAUGGAUGCGAUGGGAUGAUGGGAGGCAAGGGAGGAUCCGGAUCUCUGCCAACUCAGAGGAGCGCAUGCCUCAGCGGCCGGGAGCAGACAGCAGGGGCCAGCAGGGGCCAGCAGAGGCCAGCAGAGGCCAGCAGAGGCCAGCAGAGGCCAGCAGAGGCCAGCAGAGGCCAGCAGAGGCCAGCAGGGGCCAGCAGAGGCCAGCAGAGGCCAGCAGAGGCCAGCAGCCUGAUUCUGCUCGGCACCACAAAUGUCAGGCGUGUGCGGUGCCGGCCAAGACCAGCUGACAGCUGCCGCGCCAUGUAUUCGGAAGCAGCGUUGUUCUGCACUCGGGUACCUAGGGAGAGGCACCAGUCAGCAACGGCAAAAGGGGCUAGUGCAGAAUGGUGGUGUUCCUGAAUCUUCCACUUGCUUAGCGCCAAACAGCCGCCUCCUCCACCUCUCCACGUCUACACCGCUGCUGCCGCUGCCACUGCCGCCGCUGGCUGCCGCUGCGUAUAAAUACCGCUG